ACAGUUUAACAGCGCCCUCCUCCACCCUGAGUAAUUUGGCUUUGAGAAAGAUUGGGAUAAUGUCAAGACAGGUAGUGACCACCCACACCAAGGCACUCAGAUAUAUAAGCUGUUUCCUGGUUGGAGACAUCCUGUAGUGUGCCUGUACCUCUCGGAGAAUGAAGGUGAUCCUUCUGACUGCUGCUCUUCUUGCUUUGGUCUCUAUUCCCUGGUUGCAGGCAGUGUGGCUGGGAAGGCUGGACCCUAAGCAGCUCCUCGGUCCCUGGUAUGUCCUGGCUGUGGCCUCCCGUGCAAAGGACUUCAUGGUGGAGAAGGACAUGAAGAAUGUGGAAGGUGUCGUGGUGACUCUUACUCCAGAUAACAAAUUGAGAGUUGAGUCCUCUCGGCAUGGGCCAGGCGGAUGUCAUCAGAGCACCGUGGAGCUGCUGAAGCAAGAGUCCCGAUGGGUGUUUGAGAAUCCCUCUCUGGGUAUAUUGGAUUAUCGGGUACUGGGCACUAACUUCAAAGACUACGCUGUCGUCUUCACACAGCUGGAAUUUGGGGAUGAGGUCUUCAACACAGUGUCGUUGUACAAGGCUGCUCCUUCCUGCCCAGGUCGGACAGAGAUGGCUAGCCACGAAGCCAUGCAGCUAUUCACCAAAUGGAGCCAGGGGCUGGGCUUCUUGUCUCAACAGCAGGCUCAGCUGCAGAAGGACCUCAGGCCUGUCUGGACAGUUUCUUCAACAGAGGCUUGUGGGUGGGAUCCUGGGAACUGCUACAGCCCCAUUCUCACAACUGGCUCGCUUCUUCUACAGUCACUUGUGCACACAAGAUCCUCCAGUGAGUGCCACACCCUGGAUAUAGCACCACAGCAUCCUGGCAUCCUGGUGGAGGUGGGCAGGCACGGUCUUUGCACAGUGGCUGGUGGUACUGGCGCUGAUUGGCUGCUCUCCUAGGCUCUUGCUUGGGUUCAAAAUAAAAUGAUUUC